CCGGUGGGCGCCUGCUCCCAACACUCACAUAGACACACCUGUGCAAGAAGCAGAGGGGAAGGGAGACCCAGGCCCAGAGGCCCUGCCUUUUCUUUGGGGGAAGGCCCAGGUCCCUGCCUGCCUCAGCAAAGCCACAAUGGACCCUGGAACCUCUCUUAGGCACCUGUUCCUGGUGCUGCAACUGGUGAUGCUCCCAGCCGGCACUCAGGGGAAAAAAGUGGUGCUGGGUAAGGCAGGAGACCUCGCAGAGCUGCCCUGCAAAGCUUACCAGAAUAAGAACCUGCCCUUCAGCUGGAAAAAUUCUAACCAGAUCAAGAUUCUGGGGCGUCAUGGCUCCUUCUUGCACAAAGGUCCCUCCAACCUGAACUCUCGAGUCGAAUCAAAAAGAAACCUGUGGGACCAAGGAUACUUUCCUCUGGUCAUCAAGGAUCUCGAAGUAUCUGACUCGGGGACUUACAUCUGCGAAGUGGAGGACAAGAGGAUCGAGGUGGAAUUGCAAGUGUUCAGAUUGACUGCCAGCUCGGACACCCACUUGAUGCUGGGACAGAGCCUGACCAUGACCUUGGAAGGCCCCUCUGGUAGUAACCCUUCAGUGCAAUGGAAAGGUCCAGGGAAUAAAAGGAAGAAUGAGGCCAAGAGUCUGUCACUGCCCCAGGUGGGGUUGCAGGACAGUGGCACCUGGACAUGUACCGUCUCCCAGGACCAGCAGACGCUGGUGUUCAGCAAACACAUCCUGGUGCUGGCCUUCCAGGAGGUCUCCAGCACAGUCUAUGCAAAGGAGGGGGAGCAGACGAACUUUUCCUUCCCACUCACAUUCGAAGAUGAAAAUCUGAGUGGGGAGCUGUGUUGGCUGCAGGCAAAGGGGAAUUCCUCCCCCCAGUCCUGGAUCACCUUCACCUUGAAGAACAGGAAGGUGACUGUGGAAAAGGCUCGCAAGGACCUCAAGCUGCUCAUGAGCAAGGAGCUCCCGCUCCACCUCACUCUGCCCCGGGCUUUGCCGCAGUACGCAGGUUCUGGAAACCUGACCCUGGAUCUCACUAAGGGGAAGUUGUAUCAGGAAGUGAACCUCGUGGUCAUGAGAGUGACUAAGUCCCAAAACAGUUUGACCUGUGAGGUGCUGGGACCCACCUCCCCCAGGCUGACACUGAGCUUGAAGGUGGAGAACCAGAGUACGAGGGUCUCAAAUCAGCAGAAGCUGGUGACGGUGCUGGGCCCUGAAGCAGGGAUGUGGCAGUGUCUACUGAGCGACAAGGGCAAAGUCCUGCUGGAAUCCAAGGUCAAGAUUUUGCCCCCAGUGCUCACCCACGCCUGGCCGAAGCUUCUGGCUGUGGUGCUGGGGGGGAUCACCAGCCUUCUGCUCCUCGUUGGAUUUUGCAUCUUCUCUGUUAAAUGCUGGCACCGCAGGCGCCAGGCGGAGCGGAUGUCUCAGAUCAAGACACUCCUCAGCGAGAAGAAGACGUGCCACUGCUCGCACCGGCUCCAGAAGACGUGUAAUCUCACCUGAGGCCCCAGCCAGGAGGAGCUUCCCACCUGCAGCCUCCCCAGCUGGCUCGCCCUGCGUCUCCUGUUGGUCUCCUGGGCCUGCGGACCAGAUGAACGUAGCCGGCAUAGCGCCUCUGUCUGCCUCCUGCCCUCCCCGUCCAGUGGGCCUUGGGUCCGCUCUUCCAGAGGCUCACUCACGCCCCCUCUUCCCCGUUUCCUUUUCACUCAAACCCUAGCCCUUCUUUGAUGAUUUCUUCUCGACCCUCUCCCUCACUGCUCACUUGGAUCUCAGGGGAGCACGUGGGACCAGCCCUGCCUGGCCUGGAGGGUGAGGCUGGGUGUCUGAAGCACGAAGCACAGGGCUGUCACUGUACGGGAGAGGACCCUGGGACCAGAGAAGGCAGGGACUAGCCCAAGAUCACACAGCCAGUCAAGGACGGAUCCAGAUCCAAAGGCUCCUGACUGCCGGCCUGUGCUGCUUCAUUCUGCCUGCGUCUUACCCUGUGUUAGCAGAACCACAGACUUACAUCCUGACCUGAGCACAGACCAGCACCCUGGGCACACUCGUGCGCAGAUACAGUUCCUUACCACCCAAGCAGCGUGGCACUGUCUACAAAUCAGUAUCACAUCCUUUGUCUAUUUGAACCUCAUGAAAAUCCCACAAGACUGGUAGUGACAGGACCAAGAUUAUCAUCUCCAGUUUAUAGACCAGAAAUGGAAUGCAGAGAGGUCAGAUGAUUGCCGAGGUUCACACGGCUAGUACGUGGACGAGCCCAGGUCUCUUGACCUCUAGGUCCACUGCUAUCUCUUGGACACAGGGACAAAUACCACACAGAUCUCUGCAGUUGGCUGGUCAUAGAUGCCCGGUAUGUACCUUGGAUUCCCUUCACCGCAGGGAGGUUGCCUCAGAGAGUUCAGGGCCUCCCUGCCUAGGAUCCCUCCUUCGUCACCUGCUGGCAGCAGAAUCCUGUUACCAGAGGACAAAACCUGCAGUUCUCCUAAUCAGGGCACAGGCUGCGAGCACAGGCCCUGUGGGAGAGUGUCCAGUGACCCGCCACUCACCCUAUCAGAACCUUCUAGAAGGUGAGCUUUGCCAGGGGGACAGGGUGGGGAGCUGGCCAGAGAGUGAACCCUCUGAGGGUACCUCUGGGCCUCAGAGAUACCCCCUGGGCCUCAGUCUCCCUGCCCCAUACCCCCCUUCAUCCCUCCCCCAAAUGAUUCAGGGGACAAGAAAAGGGUUUACAAGUUUUCUUCUUCCUCCUCUUCUUGAUCCAUUUCUCUCAGGAUCCCCAGCCUCCUCUGCCUCUCU